ACACUGCGUAUGCUGUAACGCGUCCCAGGCGCGCGCUUCCGGUUCGGUCGCAUUUGCGUGACGCGUUCUGCACGCGUUUCCAGAGACGCGGAUCACGAGAGAUACUGCGCAGUCACGGAGAACAUCAGCGGGACACAUCCAGCUCAACCACCCUGCAUAUAAUCCCAAAGUUAUUCCCCAAGAUAAGUCUGCAGCUGUGGGAUGGCGGUGAACGUUUACUCCACGUCUAUGACGAUCGAGAACCUGAGCAGACAUGACAUGCUGGCCUGGGUCAACGACUCGCUGCACUUCAGCUACACCAAGAUCGAGCAGCUGGGCUCAGGUGCGGCCUACUGUCAGUUCAUGGACAUGCUGUUCCCCGGCUGUAUCCUGCUGAAGAGGGUCAAGUUCCAGGCCAAACUGGAGCACGAUUACAUCCAAAACUUCAAAGUGCUGCAGACGGCCUUCAAGAGGAUAAACGUGGACAAGAUCAUUCCUGUGGAGAGACUCGUCAAGGGCAGGUUUCAGGACAACUUCGAGUUCCUUCAGUGGUUUAAGAAGUUCUUCGACGCUAACUACGACGGGAAAGAGUACGAUCCUCAGUUAGCACGACAGAGCCACGACGCUACGCCUCCAGGACACAACCCAGGUGAAGUCAACCCCCACCAGAGAGCAGCAGGACCCCAGCGGACGUCACCGACGGUCCCCAAAACUAUGCCCAUCCCCCCACGCCCCAUAAACUCCACCCCCUCCACCGGAACACGGAGGAACAUACCGAUGUCACGGAACGGAGGCGGAGACGCCGAGAUCAUGGAGCUCAACCAGCAGCAGACGGCGCUGAAGCUGAAAGUCAACGGUUUGGAGACGGAGAGAGAUUUUUACUUCGGUAAACUGCGAGACAUCGAGCUGAUCUGUCAGGAGAACGAGUGCGACAGCAACCCUGCCCUCGGCAAAAUCAUGGAGGUGCUCUACGCCACAGAGGAUGGUUUUGUUCCUCCGGAGGACGAGGAGAUUGAGGAACCGUCGCGGGACCAGGAUGAAUAUUGAUCCCUCCUCAUCCUUUCUGCCUGCCCUUCCUCCAUCAUGUCAUCCUUCUUUAUUUCUCUCCCUCUUUCACUCCAUCCCCCACCAGCAGACACUAGGGGCGUGGUCUAAUUGGUUCAUAGAGUGAGUAGGGGCGUGUCUAUGCUAAUGAGUUCUGAAGUGAUGCAGUGAAGCUGAUGUUUUAUUGGCUGUGAGUUUAAUGAAGAGACCAGACAACUGGAUGAUGAUGAUGAUGACGCGGUGACACUAUCUCAAACACACAAACACACACACACACACACACUCACUGAUGUAGCGACACACACAGAGCCAAGGUUAACAGUUUUUUAUUUGGGCUCCAAUCAUCUUAUUUAUUAGAGAGCCUGGCACUUAUAUCAUUUUUUAUUUUCAAUCUUCUGUUUUCUGUAGAGGGGUUUUGAGUAGCAGUCAAUGAUUUGGACACUUCAGAUCUAAUCCCAGACAAAACACAGAUUAAAUGAGCUUCAAAUCAACAUGAAGACUAUUUAGUUUCUUAUUCCUGCUCCUGAUCUUAAUACAUCCUUCAUCAGACCAGAAACGCAUGUGAGGACAGAAAAAAGAGUUUGUGUGUUUAAAUCAUCAUUGAUAGCGCAGGUGUGGGAGUUUUAUUUAUUUUUGAAGUAAACCGUCAAACCGCAUGAAAAAGAACAACUAACAUUUUACGGGAAAUACACUAAAUAAAUACGAAGAGGAAGAAACUUGGCCAUUACUAACCGUUAACCGGCCUGCGAUACAAAACAGAGUUUUCUAGCUGCUAUGUUUUAAUUUAAUAUUUCAUUCUCAUUCUUUUUUAUUUGAUUGACAGGACCUGUGUCAUUAACCCUUUCACUCCUGACCUGCUGUCAUGGCAACCGUUUGCAAACAUGCAUCCAUGUGGAGUUUUGUGUAAAAUAAAAAAGUGGAGAAUGAA